GCAACCGGCUCCUCUGUUGAGAGCCCGCGUUAAGUGUUGUGUGCACGUUGUCGUUCAGGAACUCGCGCUGGAAUAUCUAACUGCCGCUGCUUCCCUUGUAUCUUUUCGUCUCUCACUUGUGCGUCACAGCAUCCGUUAGUCUCAAAGAAAGCGUGGCCCAUACAUGUAUAUACAUAUACACGCAGCUUUAUCUUUUUCCACACCUUUCUUCUCGUUUUUAUAAAAAUUUAUCUCUCCUGGGCUCCUUAUCAGCACUCUCCGUCGACCUAACCGUCCAAGAAGGGCCACUGCAAUGCAGGUGGCGGCACAGGACCAGGGACAGGCAGCGAGUGUGCUGCCGCCCAUCACACAGACCACCGGGGGCCCACCGAGUAAUAGACCUUUCUUAUCGCAAGGGAGCCAAGACGGGCCGUCGACGGACAUCGUUGUGACGACCAGUGAGCAGCGCAGUCCUGCGUUGACGUUCGGCAACGAUCUGGGCAGCACCGCCAUCAAUGAGAGGUUCGCCAAAACAGUUCAACUGCCGCGACCCGCGCCGCCGUCUUCACCGCCACACGGCUCACUUACCCCACCGCCGGCCCAGCAAUUUCUCUCCGGCGGUCGCACCCCACCCGUCGGCCGUAGCCGCACCGCGCCGGCGGACCCCGACCGCCCGAAUGGCUUCACCGCCUUUGCGGCGCAUGACGAGGAGGCGGAGCUGCAGGACUUAAAGGCGCUUCUCAUGACGCAGUCUUCCCGCCUGCAGCGCCGCUCCUCGGCGGGCUUCGCAGAGGACGUCGAGUACGAAAUACGACCGUCGCUGAGGGCGGAGGAGGCAGAUUCGCUGUCGGCUCAUCCGUCAGCUUCAAGGGACACCCGUUCGCAGCCGGCCACGGUCCUCUCGAGGGACGAGGCAAAGGACGGAAAUUACCGGCUGCCUUCGUCGCAGGUGCCGGAGGGGUGGGACAAUGCCAUCCGCAAAGGCAUGCGCUACGUUCGCCCAGACGACGUGGACGGCGACGGCGGCAGUGUAGGACGACGCGCAGAUCCCCAAAGAGUGGAAAAGCCCUCUGGCGCAGCAGCAGCGGAGAAGGAAGAAAGCAACGCCGAGGCGGCGAUGCUGGCGGCGCUGGAAAGGGAGAGCGCUCUGCGCGAGACGCGGUUGGAGCGCCGGAGCAACGACCUUCGACGCUCCUGGGGGGCUGGGCCGCCGUCCACCGCGAACAGGAUUAUCUACCCCGCUCCCCCGCCGGUGACGCUCGUCGCUUCGGACGCCGAGGUGCAGGAGCGUGCGCUGGCGGCCGAGGACUUCGCACGCAGCCAGGCACGCCAGCGCAAACGCUCGAAACAGAGCGCAUCGACGGCGGCAGGGGCGGCGAAGGCGAGCCUCAACAACGGUGACCCCGCGAAUCCACAGAAGGCAUCGCCUCGAAAAGAAGAGCUAGCCGCUGAUGAAGAGGCCUCGACAGGGUUCACUACUCCCAGUUUUAUGAAUGCGAAGGGUACCGCAGACAACGUAAAGGAUGCUGACGCGGAGGCCUUUGCUUCCCCGUAUCACAGCCGGGGGGGCGCCCACUACCCCGGCCACGGGGCCCCUGAGCCACGCGAGUUGGACGAGAUGUCGAUGGCCAGCCUUGCUUUUGGUCGCAUGUCCAUGAUCUCCAGCAGUGUGGCGAAGCUAACCGACAGCACCCUAGCUGUGAUGGAGAUGCUGUCCAACCGGCCGGAUGUCAUUCUGCCGUCGCCCGCGGAGACGACUAUGGUGCGUAAAGGCGACGUGCUCUCGGCGAAGCACAUCCUUGUCCGGGACCUGGAGGAGGCCCUGCACGAGCGGGAGGGUGCAACCGGGAUGGUGGCCGGGGCGCCGUACUUUCGCAUUGUGCCAAAGCUGAACAUUGCGGGCGUGGCACAGGCCAACGCGAGCGCAGUGCGCACCAUCGUCAACGAGCUGCGCCGCGCGCACGUGGAGGGCCCGAUCAUUUGGGUGAACCUGCGCGAGGAGCCGAUCAUUUACAUCAACGACACCUCCUACAUCGUUCGCGAGCGUACGAACCCUUUCAAGCCGAUCAUCAUCCCUAACGUGACGGGGCUCAGCAUUGAGGCGAUUGAGCGGAAGCUGAAGCAGGAGGUGCUGCAGGAAGCCUACGAAAACGGCGGCAACAUCAGCGUGCACCUGGAGAGCAAAGGAGGCGGGAUGGAGGAUCAGUGGACGUGCGCGGAGCGGCACGAGGUGCUGACCAUCGCAGAGGUUUUCCAUCGGCUUGACAAAGAGACGGAUCACCAAGUUAUGUACUUCCGCCGGCCCGUCACGCAGAACAUCGGACCGCAGCCCGAAGACUUCGACUUCGUGCUGGAUGCGUGUCUAGAGGAGCCAAAAGCGGUCUUUAUCUUCAGCUGCCAGACCGGCCGCGGACGGACCAGCUCGAUGAUGCAGAUCGCCAACAUCGUCCGCUUCUAUCAACUGUGUGUGAAGGACGUCACGGCGGAUGUGCGCGUGCUGCGUGGCAAGGUGAACGCGCCGUCGUACCGCACCAUUCAGAAGCUUGUCUCCUUAUUCCCCGACGGCAAACUGCACGAGCGCCGACUCGUCAUCUUGAUGGAGGUGGCCGACAAGGGAUACUCCAUUGCAAAUCACAUCAACGACGCGUUCUCGAGGAGCGACGUGCCACCUGAUCUGGCGAAGAUGCGGCUGCAGAUGUACGCGUACUUCCUCGUCUUUUCAUACUACUGCGAGCAGCGCCUGUGGAAUUACUCCACACGGCUCUCAUUUGUGCAGUGGCUCGACGAGAAUCCGGAGCUGAAGCUGCUGAUCGCCAGUGUGCGAGAGAAGCUGGACGACCAGCUCAAGUCCGAGCGCGUUGUGGCGCCAACGGCGAGCGGGCCGGAGGCGGAGGCCAUUCGAAUGAUUCGGCAGCGGCACGGUAACGUCCUCAGCUCCGGCCGCAUUUUGUGUAGUCUGCCGAUGUGCGACAAGAGCAAGGCACGAACUGGCAUUGUGGCGCUGCGUCAGCUCGCGCCGGGGGUUCCGAUUCUCACCUGCGGCCGUCUUGACGGCAGCGCGCGGGAUGAGCUGAUCGGCGACAUCCGCUCCACCUUCCCUCGUGUGCAGUCGAUUCACUGGGUGAGCCUUCGGGCGGAGCCGAUGGUGAUGAUCAACGAUGUUGGCUACACGCUGUCCGACUACGACAGCACCCCCGAUGCCGCCGCGCACGGCACGACGAUGCACGCCUCCGUGCAGGCGAUGGAGCAGAUUGAGGACCGUCUCCGCCGCGACGUGCUGUUGGAGGCGCAGGACAACGGCGGCUUUAUUGUGCUGCACCGCAUCUCUCCCUCCGGCGAGCGUGAAACCCUACGCAUCAAGGUGGUCUCCGUGCGCACGCCGCGCAGUACGAUGGAGGACUUUGUCGAGCGGUCUGGUGUGCGCUACUCCCGCAUUCCGAUGCCCUUUUCUGGGCAGCUGCUGGCGAGCGACGUCGACCCGCUCUUUCGCUACCUCACGCAGGCGGGCAUCACGGCCGACGACGCGAUCGUCAUCAACGACUCCGCCGGCACCUCCCGCACGACGGUGGCGCUGAAUAUUUUCACCCUGUACGCGGCGAGCCAGCUCGGGGACCUGCGCGCCACGCAGACCCCCGAGAAGCUGUCCGAGCUGCUCUCGAACGACUCCAGCGACGUGUUGGUGCCGCAUGCGCAGGUGGCGGCGACGGCGGACGUGCCGUCCCAGGACGUGCCGGAGCACCACGUCGAGCUUCUCCUCGCCUCCACCAUCUGCCAGAUGCUGACGGCUGGCAGUCUGCUGCGCACCGUCGACGCCGCCAUUACGCUGGGUGGCCGCGGCCGCCACUGGAACAUUCUGCACGAGGUGGAUUACCUGAAGCGGCGCAUCAGCGUCAUUGGUAGCAACAAGAUGCAAUGUGUAGUCGACGCCCUGCACGGGCUGCGCUGCUACCUGCUCGUGCUCCUCGCCUGUCUCUACUUGGAUGCGCAGCAUGAGGAAGGCUUCACGGUGGAGAGCAAGCGGUUCAGCGACUGGGUGGUGGAGCAUAAGGAGGUGUCGAACAUCGUCGAGAACCUCGAGCACCGCGGCGAGGCGGCGCUAAACUACGUGGCGGCCGACAAUUUGAUGAAGGCCGACCUCACGCGUCGCUCCGGCGAUGUCCUCACGGCAAACUUCUGUCUCAAGGCGGACCACUUCCCCGGCUGCCAGAAGAAGGGUCUGCGCCCGGUGCUGUGCGGCGCACCGAACUUCCGCAAGGUGGACUUCGUGAACGUAUACGGCGUGGCCAUCCCCACCCGCAUCGGCAUCCACAACGUGCUGUCGCUGCUAGGGGCGUCCAACGAGCCGCUGCAGACGUACCCCGGACAGAGCAACGACUCCGAGCUGUGUCUCGGCUUUGCGGCACCGCGCCUCUUCGACCCGACCUUCAAACCGGAGGAGCUGCAGCACCCGCUGCGGGGGUCGGUGGUGUGGGUGAACCUGCGCGAGGAGCCGAUUCUCUACGUCGGCGACCGCCCGUUUGUCUUCCGCGAUCUCGCCGCGCCGUACGUGAACGUGGAGCUGACGGGCAUUCAGACAGAGAAAAUCGAGAUUGUGGAGUACGAGCUGAAGCGGGAUGUCCUAAAGGAAGCGAGCGAGUACGACGGCAAAUUUCUCGUGCACGACGAGGGCAACCCUGGCGAGCUCGUUGGUGUGUGGGAGUCUGCCACGGAGGAGACGGUCAAGACGCUGCGCGAGGUCUACGAGGAGCUCCUCGUGAAGGCCUUCCGCUGCCAGAUGCUUCGCCUUCCCGUCACGGACGAGCAAAGCCCUGACAUUCGGGACUUCGACCUGCUCGUGGACGCGCUGCUGCCCCGCAUCGCGAAGCACCUUGAUCGCCGAGAGACGCUUUCCUUCGUCUUUAAUUGUCAGAUGGGCCGCGGCCGCACCACCACCGGGAUGGUCAUCUGCUGCCUGCUGAUUGGUCUCGUCAUCCCGGAGUACUACGAUGAGCUGCACAGCGCCUACCGCGACCUCCUCGACGCGCCGUAUUUGUCCGACUUCGCGCGUGGCGAGUACGCGGCCAUUACCCAGCUCAAGCGCGUUCUCACAGAGGGCCGGACGGCGAAGUAUCAGGUGGACCUGGUGCUGGAGGCGUGCUCGAAGAUGCAGAACCUGCGCGGCGCUAUCGAGUCCUUCGCGGUCGCGUUGACAUCGCCGGAUACGACCGAGGUUGGUCGCGCGCGGGCGCACCACGCCGGUGUGCACUACCUGAAGCGGUACUUUAACCUCAUUGUGUUUGCCGUCUACUUGCAGGAGGAGUACGAUCGCAUGUCGAAGCGUAUGCGUCGCACCUUCGUUGAGUGGUUUGCCUCGCACCCGGAGAUCACGGCGCUGUUGAACACGUGCGCGUUGAAGUAG